UUCCAUAACUGCUUAGGGCUUUGGUUCUAGACGGAUUCUUAAAGUUAAAGGAAGAAAGAAUUGGUGGAUGGAUAGGAUAUCGCGCCAGUGAAAAAACACAUUCAGUCGCCUGUAAAAAAUAUGUCACGACUGAUAUCACUAAGCAACAUAAUUUCUCCCAGGUAUUUAUUGCCCAUUACCCAAAACAAAGUUAACGUGGGUGGAAAAUUUGGAAUUUGUUUUGUAAAAUGCCGGAAGGAUAGAAAAGUAGUUUAUUACAUUAAUGUAGAGCGAAAGGGUCGCUGCGCGAAGAAGGCCAUUAUUUGAUUUACUCAACUGCUUUUUGUUAAUUAUCAUUGAAAAUGUCCACGUUAAAGCAUCAAAUCGCCAAAAUUUGCAUUAAAUUCACAUUUUUCCACCAAUAAUGCGCCCAUACUCCAAUUUGUCUGCAGUGAAUACAAUUCAUCUCCGCGGGAACAAGAAGCAGGUGCAGCGAGAAACGUCAUUUCUUGUCGUCUUCAUGUCUGCAGUUGUGAAAAAUGUUGACAGUUUGAUGUCUGCCAGCGGAAGAAUAAUUCAUUUAUUCAGCUUACUUCUGGUUAUCCAUUAUUAUGAGGACAAAAAAACGACACCGAAUGCCAUUCAAGCGUUCAUUUAUUGGCAUGCUGUCACGCGCGCGUGCAAUAGGCUGCUGUCAAUCUUAGCUUUCCAUUGGUUUCUUUGAAGUGUUAUGCUGGCUGUCCGGUCGAUCAAUUUAGCGAAGAAGACGAUUUGAAAUCUCGCAACACGAGGCUCUUUGUUACGCUUUGCAACCGAAACUGACUGGAAAGUACUCGGCAUAGUCCAUGCAGUUCUUGAUCUGCUCCCGACAAGAUGCUCGUGCUCUUUAGCACACUGUGGCUCGCCUGUGCUGUUCUCAGAGGCCAAGCCAUCAGUUGCUGUGGAAAUGUUGGUGAAUUCAGUGCUUGCAAACAUCGCUGUAAUGAGUUGGAGUCCGAGACAGACGUAAGUUUACGGUAUCAGAAGCUACGCGAACUUCCAAAACACUGCCCCGGCCAUUUGAUUUCUUUUUGGCGCUGCCUUAAUGCUUCGAAUCCAGUAAUUAGCCCAUAUAUCGGAACAAACCCAUCCAACUUUGCAAGGACCUGUUGUCUUCUUCCUUCAUCGCUGAAAUGCCGCCAAGCAUGUCGCAAAGGAAGACCAGAGGACUUGAGGAAAAACUGCUCAGAAGUAGAAGAGGUACAGUCAUACUAAAGAUAAUUAAUUUAAUCAGUCUAUAAUGCAUGCUAACUUUUCUUUGGUAAGUUUCUUUAUUCAAAAACUGCAAAUCACUCAAUGUCAAGGAAAACUUGUGCAUUAAUUUGGCCAGGUCUUGGCUAACAAAAGGAUUUCUCCCUUGUACUGUCCUGGAAAAAUCAUGGACAACUUAUCAAUAUUCACUAGUAG